AUGAGAUUCCUUUCUGUCUUCUCUGUAUUGUUCCUAGUGAGACUGUCUAGCUGCGAUGAGGUUGUCUUUGACCUCUCUUCUCCGGAUCCUUCCUUGGCUAGAUACUAUGAAAGUGCAGUGGAUGGAGUAGUCUACCAAUCAUUCUUCCCCAAGGGACAACUAUUCAGCAAGGUAGUGGAUGGAGGAGCUACUCUCUGGGAGGCUAAAGGAGAAGAGAGAUGUGAUGUACUAUUCACAAGUGUUGGUGAUAGAACAAGAGUCAUUCUCCAUGUAUGGGCCAACGGUAUAGACUCCAAGAUGAUGCAUUAUGAGAAACUAGACGGAGAAUGGAAGCUUGUAACUGUAAGAGUUAAAGGCGUUCCGGAGUCUGAGAAAGUUGUAUCUCCAAAGGAACAUGCUGAACUUAACUUUGCCAACCUUGGAUGUCCCUUGGGAGGAUUUUCAGGUUCAGAAGCUAAGCCAAAGGUCACUCUCCCUCCCACAGAAUCUAACAAUAAUGGUGAAGAUGCGAGUGAAAACAAGGUGGAAGGAGGUACUCCAGACGAUGAGGAAGAGUCCGGUGAAUCACAAUCAGCAGUCCCUGAUCUUCCUGCCGCACCCGUAGAAGAGGACGAGGAUGAUUCUGAAUAG